AUUCCUCAGCCUCAAGACGGAGAAGCUAACUUGAAAGGUGGUGCUCCUUUGCAACUGAAAAAUGAAGCAGGACCACCACGAGAGUACUUUUCCUCCUAUAAAGGUCCCGUCCCUGAAGAAGGUGGAAGGAGUGCAUUGCAUAUUGCAUGCGAAAGAGAGGAUAACAGUGAGCAUGCCAGAGAUGUUAUCCGCCUCCUUUUAAUGCAUCAGGCAAAUCCAAACACAUUGUGGAGUGGCCAUUCACCGCUUUCCUUAGCAAUUGCAAGUGGAAAUGACUUGGCAGUGACUGAACUCCUCAAACAUGGGGCUGACCCAAAUCUGCCAUUGAGCGGAGCAGCAAGAAGUGCCCUGUGUACUGCUGUCAGUACAGCGUAUGAACAGCAGAGGACGGCAGCACAGAGGAUUGCCUUGGUUGAUAAGCUGCUUGAAGCUGGUGCAGAUAUCCUUGCACCGGUUACUCUUCAGGAAGGACAGAGAAAAGCUGUGGGAACAGUUGUUGACUAUGCCUAUUAUGAAUAUUACCAGGAUAGAAUCGCUCACACACCAUACCACAUACUGUCAGCAUCUGAGCAGGAAGUUUUUCAAACACGCCGGUCACUGCUGGAACACAUUACAGCGAAGCUCCGUGAGUGUGUCAUCCUGAAAGAGAAAGAGUGGGAUCAAGACGAGCUGAGAAGAUCCAAGAAAUUGGAUUCAGCCAUUCAUACACAUGUUUCAAAGAAGAAAGGAGGGAGUCAUCAUGUGGAAGAAAUGAGACUACCUUUCUUUAAAUACUGCUAUCAGUGCGGACGUUCAGUUGGUGUUCAGCUCUCACCUUGCCAGCAUUGUCAUGAAGUCUUCACUUGCAGUGAUAUUUGCAAAAAGAAAUCCUGGAAUGAGCGGCAUAGGCAGGAGUGUUUGGGCUUGCUGG